AUGGAGAUGUUGAGGAUGGAACUGACACAGACCAGAAACAGAUUUGCAGCCCUAGAUCAAGAGGUUCCCAGCGCCUUCGUCCUUGGUGGCUUCCCAAACAAGAUCGGAUACAGAGGUACCUGCAUCUUUGUCCUCGGCUCUGUCUCCCUCUCCGGUGGCUUCUACCUCAGGUUCAGGUCCUCAGAGCUCACCAGACUAUCCUUCGUUUACAGAAACGAACUAACUAGCGUAGCCGCUCUGGACCUGGCGACAGAGGCAGACAUACUGGCGCAUGAAUACUUCAUUAAACAAGACAACACAAAGCUCCGAGAGUGGGAGACAGAGAGUGACAUAGAGAAAGACACAGCAUUCAAGAGAGAGGAGAGAGGCAGCAAGAGAGAGGAGAGAGGCAGCAAGAGAGAGGAGAGAGGCAGCAAGAGAGAGGAGAGAGGCAGCAAGAGAGAGGAGAGAGGCAGCAAGAGAGAGGAGAGAGGCAGCAAGAGAGAGGAGAGAGGCAGCAAGAGAGAGGAGAGAGGCAGCAAGAGAGAGGAGAGGCGGCGAGAGAGAGAGGAGAGAGGUUCCAAGAGAAAGGAGAGAGGUUCCAAGAGAGAGGAGAGGCGGCGAGAGAGGUUCCAAGAGAGAGGAGAGGCGGCGAGAGAGAGAGGAGAGAGGCAGCAAGAGAGAGGAGAGAGGCAGCAAGAGAGAGGAGAGAGGCAGCAAGAGAGAGGAGAGGCAGCGAGAGAGAGAGGAGAGGUUCCAAGAGAGAGGAGAGGCGGCGAGAGAGAGAGGAGAGAGGCAGCAAGAGAGAGGAGGGAGGCAGCAAGAGAGAGGAGAGAGGCAGCAAGAGAGAGGAGAGAGGCAGCAAGAGAGAGGAGAGGCAGCAAGAGAGAGGAGAGGCGGCGAGAGAGAGGAGAGGCGGCGAGAGAGAGAGGAGAGGUUACAAGAGAGAGGAGAGGCGGUGAGAGAGAGAGGAGAGGCGGCAAGAGAGAGGAGAGAGGCAGCAAGAAAGAGGAGAGAGGCGGCAAGAGAGAGGAGAGAGGCGGCAAGAGAGAGGCAGCAAGAGAGAGAAGAGAUGCAGCAAGAGAGAAGACAGAGGCGGCAAGAGAGAGGAGAGAGGCAGCAAGAGAGAGGAGAGAGGUUCCAAGAGAGAGGAGAGAGGUUCCAAGAGAGAGGAGAGGCGGCAAGAGAGAGGAGAGAGGCAGCAAGAGAGAGGAGAGAGGCAGCAAGAGAGAGGAGAGAGGCAGCAAGAGAGAGGAGAGGCAGCAAGAGAGAGGAGAGGCAGCGAGAGAGAGAGGAGAGGCGGAAAGAGAAAGAAGAGAGGCAGCAAGAAAGAGAAAAUAGGCAGCAAGACAGGAGAGAGGCAGCAAGAGAGAGGAGAGGCAGCAAGAGAGAGGAGAGAGGCAGCGAGAGAGGCGGCGAGAGAGAGAGGAGAGGCGGCAAGAGAGAGAGGAGAGGCGGCGAGAAAGAGAAAAGAGGCAGCAAGACAGGAGAGAGGCAGCAAGAGAGAGGAGAGAGGCAGCAAGAGAGAAGAGAUGAGAGAGAGGGGAGAGGUGGCGAGAGAGAGAGGAGAGGUGGAAAGAGAAAGAAGAGAGGCAGCAAGAAAGAGAAAAGAGGCAGCAAGACAGGAGAGAGGCAGCGAGAGAGGAGAGAGGCAGCAAGAGAGAGGAUACGAGAGAGAGAGGAGAGGUGGCGAGAGAGAGAGGAGAGGUGGAAAGAGUAAGAAGAGAGGCAGCAAGAAAGAGAAAAGAGGCAGCAAGACAGGAGAGAGGCAGCAAGAGAGAGAAGAGAGGCAGCAAGAGAGAGGAGACACACAGCAAGAGAGAGGACAGAGGCGGCAAGAGAGAGAAGAGAGGCAGCAAGAGAGAGGAGAGAGGCAGUAAGAAAGAGGACAGAGGCGGCAAGAGAGAGGAGAGAGGCAGCAAGAGAGAGGAGAGAGGCAGUAAGAAAGAGGACAGAGGCGGCAAGAGAGAGGAGAGAGGCAGCAAGAGAGAGGAGAGAGGCAGCAAGAGAGAGA